UGUCAUUUUUCGGUUUCACAGACGUGAAAACAAUAGAAAAGAGAAAUCUCUGUCUCUCUCUCAUCCUCCUCCUCCUCUGCUUCUCUCCCUCUCGCCAUAAAUAUUACUACCCAGAGCUCCUUUCAUGGCAAAGAAGCGAAAAUCAAUCAGGAUUUGAAGCUAUUGAGUUCAUAUUAAGCUAUUGGGUUCAAAUCAUUUCGUUGGAGGUUUAUUUUUUAUCAGGAUUUGUUUGAAGUUAGAGUGACCAAAAAAAAAAUCAACAGUAGUGAAAAUUGCAAGCAGUUUCUUGUGUAUUGUGAUCCCAAUCGAAAUUCUUAGGACUGCUCUUUCUCUCUUGAUUAUGUAUAGCUCAGCCUCGAUUCCGAGAGACAGGACUAGUAGUAGUCUUUUGUUUUCGUCUUCUGGGUUUAAGCACUCGUUUGUGGAAGAAGAGUCGUUGAAGAGCAAAGAGUUAAUAAGUUGUGAUCUGUAUCAUGGUGAUUAUCAGAAACAACAGCAGAGCUCGGAGUUAAUGUGGUGCCGCUCUGAUCCGAGCUCCUUCUUUGCUGAAAUUCUUGGCAAUGGUAGUGGUAGUGAUUAUUUCAACCCUCAAUCGGUGACGAGUCCUGAAUCUGGAUCUGACUCUGUGUUCGCAACGCCGCCAAUCAAUUUGGAUUCAAAUCUGAACUUAUCCAAGUCCAUGAUUAAUCAGCAAGUAAAUAAAUUAUCUGAUUCACAACUUAAUAAUGGAUUCUCCUCUUCUGCUUCGGAGAUGAUUUAUGAAACAAAUCCUCCGCCACCACCUCUACCAGCGGUGAGCUCCGCCUCUGCAGCUGAUGUUGGGUCUUACUCUGCUGUGAAGAUGGAAAGUCCGAUAGAACUGAGGACUCCUAAUGCUAAUUGCUCCAAUCUUAUCAGGCAGAGUAGUUCUCCAGCUGAAUUCUUCUCUGGAUUUUCUGUGACGGGAGCUAGUAAUGGAACCUAUGGAGAAACCAGUUGUUCAACUGUCAGACUGAAUAAUCGUAACAACUUCUCAUCCGGGCCAUCUUCUUGCUCAAGGUUCAUGCAUCAGAUUGCUGGAAAUGUAAAUGAAAGCAUAGGGACAGGUAGCCAUGAGAAUGGACACUUGAGGAGUGGUACCAACACCGAUGGAUGUUAUGCCCCCAGCAUUUUAACUGAUUCUUGGAAUGAUUCUACAUUUAAGAGCUUAAAAAGAAACAGGGAUGGUGAUGUGAAGAUGUUUCCUAGUUUGAAUUCAUUGGAAUUUGAGAAUGUUAACUCUAGAAAUAACAAUCCUGGUUUGACUCACCAUUUGAGCUUGCCAAAAACUUCUGCUGAGAUGGCUGCCAUAGAGAAGUUUUUGCAGUUUCAACAAGAUUCUAUUCCUUGUAAGAUCCGAGCCAAAAGGGGUUUCGCCACUCACCCACGAAGCAUUGCAGAAAGGAUGAGAAGAACACGGAUAAGCGAAAGAAUGAGAAAGCUGCAAGAUCUUUUUCCAAACAUGGACAAGCAAACAAAUACAGCAGAUAUGUUAGAUAUGGCAGUUGAGUACAUUAAAGACCUUCAGAAACAGGUCCAGACACUCACGGAUACUCAGACGAAAUGCGUGUGUUCAAGUAAACAGAAAUAAAUUUUACUGCCUUCGUCGGUUUGUCCAAAAAAAACAAACCGUAGGGGAAAGGAAGAAUGGGAGAAGAAAGCAGAGGUAACUUAUCCAUUUCAUUGCACUGGAGUGCGGAAUGUGGGCCUUCUGAAGCCUAAGAGUGGUGUUAUUUUCACUUAUAACCCGGAUUGAAACUUUUAGAGGUUAUCAUCCUGUAGCAGAUUAUUCUUAUUGUAUAGCAUAUACUCAGAUUCACCUUGUAGAUUAUGUAAUGUACUGUGUUCAAUUGGGAUUGUUCUACCAAUUUCUCAUAAAUCCCACUUCAAAUCCAC